UGUUGCACGAGUGUGUGUGUGCGAGAGUCUCUCGGAGCAACGAACGAAGUACAAACUGGCACCACUGGAGCCCGUCCGAGCUUAAAAAAAAGGAGAAAAAAAGAAGAAAAAAGAAGAAAAAGAGGAACCACAUUAUUUUAUCUUUGAAAUGUUCCCGACGAUAUUCGCGCAUCGUCUGCUUUGAUCCCCGUCGAAGUUGCCGACGUCUCGCUACAAGAAACCCGAGCAGAAAUUAAUGCAUCUUGCAUUAAUUGCUGUUUUGCUUUGACCUGUGAAGCUAGCAAGGAAUCCUGCAAGAAGGAUUAGCGGUCUGUCAAUGAGGAACUACCGGCUGAUCUUCUGCCACAACCUGAAGCAACCGUAGAUGGUUCAGCGGUUAACUGGCUAGGGGAGGAGAGGACCGGACACACUUUCACUGCUACACGUGAGGUCUUGGCGGCGUUGUGGUGAGGAGGAGAAGGAGGCGGAGGCGGAGGCAAUGAGGAAGAGCGUGUCUCUGUUGCCAGGCAACGAGGGCGGGAGCUCAGCCAACACAACACGAGUUUUUGGCGUUCCUCUGGAGGAGGUGACACGGACUCACCCAGUCAGCGGCCAUGAGGUUCCAGCACUGGUGAAACAAAUCGUGGACUACAUCGAGGAGCACGGUCAUCUGGAUUUGGAGGGACUCUUCCUGGUAAAUGGCAACGCCGAGCGUGUGGAUUGGCUGCGUCAGCGGUACGACAGCGGCGAGGAGGUGGAGUUAGAGAAGGAGGCGGAUUUGGCAUCAGCGGUCAGUUUGCUCCGGCUCUUUUUGCAGGAGCUUCCUGAGCCCGUCAUCCCAACAGCCAUACAAGGACACAUCCUGCAGCUGCACCAAGAUUACAGCAAUGAAGAAGAGCUAAAUAGAAAUUUGAAGUACCUGCUGCAGCAGCUUCCCCAGUUGAACUACGGCCUCCUGCGUUUCCUGUGUCGCUUCCUGGCCAGUGUGGCAUCAUUUCAGCAGGAGAGCUGGAAUGUUGGGACGCUAGCCGCCGUCUUUGGACCAGACAUCUUCCAUCUGUCGACUGAAGGAGAAGACUUUCGGGACCAAGAGUCAGUCAGCAGAGUCCUGGCGGAGCUGUUGGACAAUCAGGACGGCCUGUUUGACUCAGAGGACGACGACGUCUCCACCACCAACGACUACAGCUCCCUCAAUGAACAGAUCACCGAGCUUCUGGAUGAUGACAAAUGCGAGACAGAAUGUGAAGAGUUGCCUCAGGACGGAGAAGAAGGACCCGCAGCCUCCGACUCACCACAACACACCGACACCGACGACAGCCCUACAGUCAGCUCCCACCUCUCCUCCAUCUCCAUCCUGCCUGCCGACUCUGCUGAGAUUUUCCAGAGAACCAUCAGGGCAGCAGUGGAGCAGCACUUCUUUGAGCUGAAAACCACCAUCGACCAAGACCUCAGCAACUAUGACAGUCAGGGGGUGAGUCCCGCUGAGCCAGGGGACGAGCGUUGCCAUGGAGAUGAAGAACAACAAACUGAGCCUGAGGAGAGUCCCUACGCGACGGAGGGGGAGACCCCACUCAUACAGACCAAGCAGCACAUACAACAGAGUCCGACCGACACACAGAAUCCACUGGACGCUGUUGCCGCCCUGGAGGAGAGCUCAGGAAUGGACUUGGAUGCAGAUGCUGUCAGAGAUGCUGCAAACAACUUCAACACUGCCAGGCAGGACCAUCAGCCUCUCGAGAGCAUGGAGCAAACUGUCACCACAAACUGUGACUCAGAUUUAUUCUGCUGUGACCAGAAUGCCAACACCAGUGAGACCAACAGGAACCACCUGUCGCCAUGCCAACCCAACUCUGGCCACAGCCCUCACCUCCAGCUUUUCCCUGACAACCAGUGGGAGGGUAAGCACCACCUUUUGUCAGCAUCACCCCCUUCCCAUCUCCACCUCCCUCCCAUCGACUUUUCAUGUAUGCAUCUGCAAAAGGAGGGCCACGACCCCGUUCCAGCCUACAAAUCCUGGCAGGACGACAACGAGAACGGAGAAGCGCAACUUUCCCCUCUGGCUGGUCGCAUAGUUCCUCUGCCCCUGCUGCCCCUGGGGGACGCUGGCGAGGAGGAGGAGGGGGAGGGAGGCCACGACGACUCCCCGUCAUCCUCACGCACCCACCCUCACAUCCUGGCACGCCGCUUUCUCGACUUCGGAGCUCACAGCACCCAACGUUUCCUCCAGCAGGACUCGGACGCCUCCUCCCCUACAAAAGCACCCAGGCCGAGGCGAGGAUCGAUGGGCUCCAGAGAGGUGAUGAGAGGAGACUCGGUGACCCACCAACUCACCAAGAAGCUUCAGCAUCUGAAGAAGAAAAUCAAGCAGUUUGAAGAGCAGUUUGAGAAGGAGAGGAACUACAAGCCCUCUCAUGGAGACAAGGCAGCUAACCCCAAAGUCCUCAAAUGGAUGACCGACCUGACCAAGAUUCGCAGACAGAUUAAAGGACGCCAGCACCACCUUUUACCCAGAAGCGCGCUGAGGCACCAGGCUUUGCUCCAUUCACAAAGACGCCACCAUGCUCCCUCCUCCCCUUCCUCCUCCUCCUCCUCCUCUAUCUGCUCACCCCCUCAUCACACUCUCACCCCCCCGCUCCACCCCUGCUCAGGCCACAGCUCUAGACCGUUGCACCUCAAUGCCAAACACUGUGCGGAGAGCGACCUCGGCCCACAAACCCGCCCCCGUAGCAACACGCUGCCCAAGAGCUUCGGCUCCACGCUGGACCACGGCCUGAGCGACUCAGAGGUCCGGGGUCCCAGACCCACCCGGGAGGAAACACUGGAGCUCAUCGAGCAUCGGGUCAAAGGGAAGAGGCAGGAGGACGGCUGGCCGGACGACAUCAAGAAGAUGACCAAAGAACAGUUGUCCUGUGAGAAAAUGGUGCUGCAGAAGAACCUGCUCCAUUACGAAGGCCUGCACGGUCGACCAGUGACCAGAGAGGAGCGUCUGGUGGUGAAGCCUCUCUACGACCGCUACAGACUGGUCAAACAGAUGCUCACCAGAGUCAGCAUCACGCCCACAACAGUCUCCCCCUCCAGUAAGAGGCGGAGCCAAACCCUCCAGCCAAUCAUUGAGGGGGAAACUGCUCACUUCUGGGAGGAAAUCAAAGAGGAGGAGGAGGAGGAGCAGAAAGGUGGAGAGGAAGAGGAGAGGGAGGAGGAUGACGAGGAGGAGGAGGAGGAGGCAGAAAGCAGCGGCGGCGAGAUGCAGAGCUCCGAGGUCAUCCUGGCCUUCAAUACCUCAAUGGACGGGUCUGAGCGGAGCCAGAACCAGCACGACGGGCAGAGCAACUGUCCAAUGACGGACAAGAUGGAGGAGGGUUCGGGGCGGCUGGCGCUGGAUCUGCGGCUGUCCAGCUCCAACGCCUCUUCCAUGCCAGAGCUGCUGGAACAGCUGUGGAAGGCGAGAGCGGAGAAGAAGAAGCUGAGGAAGACCAUUCGAGAGUUUGAGGAAGAUUUCUAUCAACAUAAUGGAAGGAACGUCCAGAAGGAAGACCGGGUACCGAUGCUGGAGGAAUACCGGGAGUACAAGAGGAUCAAGGCCAAGCUGCGCCUCCUGGAAGUGCUCAUCAGCAAACAGGAUUCCUCCAAAUCCAUCUGAACCGCUCAGAUAAACCGCUAUCAUCGCACACACCAUCAGCCGUCAUGUCUGCAGCGCCGCCACUUCCAGGCGGCAGAAACGCUUCAGUCAGCAGCAACGAACACGUCGAGUCUCGCCAUCUUCCCUCCGUUCGCUGCCGUCACGUCACGUCCAGGAGACGAGGUUCACUUCGUAAACACGUUAGCGGUGUCUUUUAACCAUGAAAAUGAUAUCCCAAACGUCUGGUACAAAUCUUCCACAACGAUAAAUAUCCUAACCAUUUACUGCAAACUAAAGAUUGCAUAAAUAUCUCCCAGUUAUCUCAUCAGUGGUAGUUAAAGAAGCUGAUAUGUUCCAUUACGCGACAGCAGAACCGCAUCACCGCCAUCCGGCCGAUAACGUCUGGAACAGCAGCAGUUCAUCACCACCGUCUUCGUCAUCCUCUUUAUCAUCAAGACUUUGCACUUGUGUCACAUGUUGAUUCCCUCGUUUUCUCAGAGGGAAGGAAAAAAAAAGACAUUUUACCAUUUGAGGAACAUUUGUCCCCCUUUGUGUUGAAGGAAUUUUAACGGACGGUUCAUGGACUGGCAUUUCAGACGUUUGACUCUUUACUCGGGACGUUUCACGUCCUGCUUUUGUUUCAGACUCUGUCUUUAUUAUGUGGUUCUUUCAGUCAUUUAACAGACUCACCUGCUUUACCUCAACGUUUAAAGAAAGUCUUGUUUUUAAAAAACUAUGUUUUCUGCAACCUAACAUUUUUCUGAACGAAAGACUUUAUCAUUUUCUUUGUGCGUACAUGGCGUUACCUGUAUUUUUCCUUGUCAAAAUAAUCGUUUAGGUCUUUGUUUUUCCAGUGAGCAGCGAGGAAAAAGAACAGCUUUAAAGUUGAGUUAAACGUAGAGUUUAAGUCACAUACUGGUGAUUUUGAUGACACUUAAAGGCAGAACAGACCAGAUGCUCAUGGAACGCAUAGUUUUUCAUUUCUCAGAAAUCAGAGCAAGGGACUGUGGAAAACUGUGCAACAAGGGACUUUUUUUUUUUUUAUUUUCCUCCUCGUUUUCCAUUCAAUGUGCUUCAUAAUUUCUGAAACCAGAAACAUGUUGGCUGCCAUCUGUGCAGAAAGCAGAGGCCAUUGAUCAGAUCUGCGAGGUGCCAACACUGCAAGCACUAGUUUUAAACACGCCAAAUACACAGUACUGAAACAGGGACAUUACGCUGCGAGGCAGCAGCAGGUCAGUGUUGCAGUCAGUGACGUUUGAUUUCCUGCAGGCAGGUCAAAUGAGAACAGGUACCGUGGAGGAAGUCUGAAGGCGAAGGUUCGGUGCAUACGGAUGAGCUCGUCUCCCUUAUUUCCGCUACUGUGUGGCCGCAUUAUAUCUCAUAUCAGAGAGGAGAGUCGACGGCCUCAUGGGGCGCGAUUGUAACAAAUAUGAUAAAACAUCUGCACGAGUUGCUGAUCCGUGGCUUCGGCCGGCGCAUCGAACCGAACCGAGCCGACCCUCCACCGGCUGCUCGCUGGCGUUUUAGUGGAGGAAGACGAGACGAAGCGGCUUCAAAGUCGCCUCGCAGUCUCUGAUCCGUCGGUGGACGGCUGAUGUGAUGAUUUCAAAUGUAAGCUAUGAAUGAAAAAAGACAAAAAAAGUUGAACUUGUGUUUGUUUGUAAUGAAAAGAUUUGGGGACUAAAGGGGGUGGGGGGCGUGUGUUUGUUGGGACAUUGAAGAUUGAGGUUUGAUGUAAAAAGAUGUUAUUUGCACAGCAUUCACCGAAUGCAGCCCUUGUUUCUCUCCCCAUUUGUAUUUCUAGAAAAAUAAGCACUACUUCUAUAUAAAUAUAUACUGUAUAUAAAAGAAAAAACAAAACCCCAAAAAGAAUGAAUGUUAGAAAUGUUUAAAUUAUUUCAAACAUUAUGUUUGCCCCCCCUCCCCUCCCCUUUGGUUUAUUACAUUUGUGAUGCCCAGAGAUUUUUUUUUAUUAUUAUAAAUAUUGCUGAUGCUAUCACAAACAUUAUGGUGUGAUACUAACAACUCUUUCUACUCACUACCUGCAAAACCAGCUGUAGACGUUAGUCUCAACCUGCUCUGUUCUCGCAAACAUUUUGUCGCUCUGUGUAAAAUAAGCUAAACUAGAAGCAGUACUGUAGUGAGCUUGCAUGGCAACGGAGAACAUAACAGUAUGAAAAACACGAUGUAUUGUUUUCAUUAUCUGUGCCAUGAAGAAGCAGCAAUAAUAAAAGUUUGCAUUUGAUGUUUUACCAAGUUUCAGGUCAUUGGUAACGUAUUGGAUCGUCGAUAGUGUGAUGUGAGUUAUAAUGUUGUGUAUUCUUUUAUUUUUCCCUUCACAUCACUCUCAGUGUUUGUUUUAAAACCUCUGCUGAAAGCCGAAAUAUUAAAGAAAUAUAACUUUUACCUUCACUUAAGAAGUGGAACAAAGAAGGAUUUACUUUUUAAAGGUGCGUCAAGGCUCUAAAGUAUAAAAACAAUGUUUUGUUUGUUUGUUUUAAUUGGUGUCCAGCAGCGGAGCGGUGAAAGUCACAUGCUGUCAGGUGUUUUGGCGUCUCCUGAUCCUUCAGUUCGGCUCACUAACAUCCGUCACGCUCGUUUGUUCCACACGACAGGAACUUGAAGCACAAGUCGUCAUCACAGAUGUCGGAGAGUCGGAUCCUUCUGGAAAUGUAAAGUCGAUCAGUUUUUUUGAUCAGUGACAGUAAAGAAAAACCAAAUCAGUUUUAAGAUUGUUGCAUUAAAAAUGGAAGAAGAAAAAAAGCCAGAAUGUUGUUAAUAGUCUGCUGACAAACAAACGUAUUAGGACAUCUCUGACCCUGGAUUUUGCUUCAAGUUCCUCACAGUCGAUCUGUUUAAUCAUGUCACUAUAUCAUAUGUAUCUAUAAAUGUUUUCUUACUUUGUUAAUGCUCUGUUUCUUCAUUAACAAAAAAAAAAGGAUGGAAAAAUACAAACAUU